AUGUCAUCUCAUACUGGGGUUGUUGUACCAUUAAGUUCAGGAUCUGAAACAAGGUCACGAAGGAAAAGUUAUAAUCCAAUUGCAAAACUUGGAGGAGGAUCACCAUCAAUUUCUUCAUCUGAAAUUGAUUCAAUUAAACGGCCACCAUCACAGUCUUUUAUUAUAUAUGGGUCUCAACAUAGAGAACAAUCACCAAGUGAUUUUACAUCAUUACUUUCACCAUGCCAAAAUGACCAACAUAAAUACAAAAAGAGAAAGGGUUUAUUUCAUAUUGGUUUAAAUAAACUUGACUUAAAAGAUAGAACCUUUAAUGAACUACCAUGUGUUGUACAUGAAAUACUUCUAUUUUUAUAUCAUUCGUUAUUAUUUGAAAAUGAAUAUUUUGAAGAUAAACCAAUAAGUUAUUUUAAACUUCGAUUUGAAACGUCGCGUACUGUAGUAAAAGAAAAUAGUCAAUUAAUGAUAAGUCAAAUAGAUAAAAUGAGUAUUGAAGAGUUACUAAAAAAGGGAUUUACUAUGAAUGAUAGUUAUUUACUAAAACAGAAAGCACAAAGUGAAGAACGAUGUCAUUUCUUUUAUAAUAUGAAUUUAAAUAAUGGAAUUACUAAUGAAGAAUAUGUUACAUUAAACCAUUUAGUAAGACGUUAUAACAAUGAAACAAAACCUAAUUUAUAUAAAGAAGUUGAUGUAAAAAUGGGGUUUUUGUUAUUAAAGAAUUACUUAUUAAAUUUACCAGUACCAUUACUUAGUAGUAAUUUAUUAAAUAAGUUAGAUAUGGUAUUAAUGAUGAAAGAAAAAAUAAAUAAAGAUAAAAUGGCACAAUUAUUUAUUGAAGAAAUUAAAACAUCAAUUUUAGAACAUUUAAAUGGAGAAAAUGAAUGUAGAUUUGAAAUAAUAAAAGAAAUUAUUUUAUUUAUUAAAUUUGUUUGUCAAAAACACAAUAUAAUUAAAGAAGAAAAAGAAUCAAUGUAUCUUUGUUAUUUUAAUGCAAUGUUACAAAAUAAUUUCUUUAGAAAAGAAUAUAUUGAAAUAAUAGAACGAGUAUUUUAUAAUGAAAUUUAUUCAAAGGAA